GUUGAUAAAUAUGCCUAUAUGUAAUUUCUAAUAAUAAAAAAAAAUACACAUUUCAUUGUGUAUCAUUUAAUCAUGGUGAUGAAAAGAUUUAGUGAACCAUCUUCUCCAAAUUCAAAUCAUGAUGAAGGAGGCAUAGAAAAUAAUGAUCAUAUGAUUGAUUCAACAGUUAUACCAAUUGGUUAUACCCUAUUAGGCAGUGAAAUUGUACACAUGGCCAAUGAUAACAACGAUGGCGAUGACAGUGACGAUGACGAUGAUGAUGACCUUCAGGAUAAUAAUCAUGAUAAUCGUGAAAUACUAAAUGAUAAUUUAUCAGAUAAUGAAAAUGAUGAAUUAGAAGUGAGUCAACAACAUGGAUCAUGUAUUCAAUCAGUUGAAUAUGUUAAUCAUGUCGGUGCUGAUGUUGAUGAUGGUGAAGGUAACAGUGGUUCAAUCAAUCUACAAUUGGAUGUAGAUCAUCUUUUAAAUCGACAUUUGAAUCGAACUGAAUUUGAACCAAGAGGACCAUUUACAGCUACUGAUUUAUGUACUAAUCUAAAUGAUGAUUCAUCUCAUAUUGAAUUGUGGAAUCAAAAUACACCGGCAUCUACAUCACAAAUUACCAUUACUCCUGAUGAAGCUGAUAAAAUUAAAAUGUACAUGUCUAAUUUUCAAUUACCAAUUUCACAAUAUCCUACAUGGGCUACACAAAUUCCUGAAGAAUUAUGGAAAGCAAAACUUUUAGAAAAAAUUGAGCAUAAUUAUAAAUAAACCAUAAUAAGGUGUUUGUAUUUUAUAGUUUCUUCUUAUUCUCUUGCUUUAUUAUUAUUAUUAUUAUUAUU